AUGUCUUCAAUUGUGACUCUUAAUAUUGGUGGUAUACUUUAUAAUACAACAAGUGACACACUUUUAAAAUUCGAAACACUUGCUAACCAAGCAUUACUUGAAGAGUUGUUGCAAGAAGCAGAAUUCUAUAGCAUCGAGAAACUUGUCACUGAGAUCAAUUCCAGACUGGUAUCCGUACAACCCGACAAGAAAAUCUAUUCAUGGGAACUUAAUGAUUACUUGGAAAAAGGUUAUCAUGUGGUUGGAUUUGGUAUUGAGCCGUUUUAA